UAUUCACGUCUAAUGUUAUAUUUUAAGAGAAAAGCAGAUAAAUCAUUCUUGUUAUGUUGGAGAGGUUAUGUAGCCUGUUAAAAAGAACAAAGAAGUUACACACAAGAUCACAAUCUAAUGAUCACGUAAUACACUGGCCUUCAAAGCAAUCAGAAGCCUGCAAAGUUCCUGAUCAUAUACCAAAACCACAUUAUGCGUUACCAACGUCAAAGUCACUACUUAAAUCUGCAUUUAGCAAGUUCUCGAAGCCAACAUUAAAUGCAGAAAUUAAGGAUGCCGAAACUGUUGAAUGUAUUCGAAAGAGCUGUCUCAUUGGUCGACGUGUUUUGAAUCAUAUUCGAUAUGUUAUUAAGGAUGGGAUGAGUACAGCAGAUAUCGACUACAUAGCACACUCCCUCGUAUGUGAUGAACAAGCAUAUCCAUCGCCACUGGGAUAUAAAGGAUUUCCAAAAUCUAUCUGCACAUCUGUUAACAAUGUUGUUGUACAUGGUAUACCAGAUGAUCGCAAGUUGUUGUGUGGAGAUAUCAUCAAUGUGGAUAUUACAGUGUAUUGCAACGGAGUGCACGGAGAUUUAUCUGAAACCUUUAUGAUUGGUGAUGUUGAUGAUUCUGGAAAACGUUUAGUUAGUGUGACCAAGGAAUGUUUAAAUCAAGCGAUCAAAGCUUGUUAUCCGGGCCAGAAAUUCAGUGAAAUCGGAAAUAUAAUCAGUGGUAUUGCGUCAGCGCAUGGCUUUUUAGUUUCUCCACAUUUUGCUGGGCAUGGUAUUGGUGAAGACUUUCACGAGACGCCGCAAAUUCUUCAUCAUAGGAAUACAUUUGGUGGUAUUAUGAAGUCUGGUAUGGUUUUUACUAUAGAACCAGUUCUGUGUGAGGGCACUACUGAAAUCAAACAUUGGAAUGACGGAUGGACAGUUGUUUCAAGGGAUCAUCAGAGAUCAGCUCAAUUUGAGCAUACUGUCUUGGUGAACAAAAAUGGUGUCGAAGUUUUAACUUUGGAUAAUCCUGACGACGUGAGGUUUUUUUUGUUGAUAUUUUAUUUCUUUAUCAGAACGACCAAGUUUUGUGUUUUUCACCAUGAAGAUCGUGAAACGCAAUGGAAAUAAUUGUUAAGUGAUACUACACACACUACCUCAUCUGUGAGUAUUACACGUACGCUUGUUAAUCUCAUGUCAAAAAGGGCUGUUAGAAUGGUAUUCAAAAUGUCUAUGAGUUCCUGUGUUAUAAUCCUACUUAUUUUGCAGUGAUUAAUGCAUUUUAUUAGUAUAAUUAACAAAACUUUUAUUUCAUUGUAUUUAAUCGUAGAGAAUUCUUAAUUUGUCAUAUCUGGCGCCGUGAAGUAAGCUCAGUGCCACCAAAUACGCAGUUAAGCAUCAGACUUCUGUGUGCUAUCGGUGGGAAAUUACGAAUGUUUUUUUUUUAUCUGCGAAGAAGUGUAGCACAUUUUUUUGUUUAUUUUAGUCUUACUUGAACCCUUCAACGAGUCUUAAACGACUGCGUGAAUUGCUCCGUGAAAGAGAGUUGGAAAUAUGACCUGGAAGAUCCACGAAGUUGUCUUUAUAAAAGGUUCUCCUUUGUGGAGAUUUUCUUUUUUGUAAUAUUUAUAUUUUGUAUCAUCUAUGAUGGAGCGUUUUCGUACUGUUUAUAGCUUUCCUAACGUAAAGCGCUAAAAAGAUUUUUCGAAUUA